AUGGUAAAGUUUAUACCGCGAGGUAAGAAUGUCUCUACAGAAGAGCACCAGAAAUUAUCCGUAGAAUCCAAAUACGGAGAAGGUCUGUAUAUGCUCAAUCGGUGUUUGGAUGACAUUGAGUAUUUAGUCAAAAAACUCAAAAAGUACAUUCGAAAACAACGUGAGGCUUCCAAAGGAAACGGUGAUCCAGUUCGCCCAAGUGUGCCACCGUCCGAGGAGGAUGCGACAGAAACAAUUAAAAAGGCCAAAUUCGCCUUCAAUCUGGCGGAAUCCCUUAAAGAAUGCGCCCCCGAGGCAUUCAAAAAGGUGUUUAUACGAUUGAUUACAUUUGUGGACUGGAUGGACGAUCUGUGCAAAACAAAAAGUCUGAUUGCCUUUUACCCGGUAAAUAUGGUACGUGAUGCGAUCGAGCCACUGUUGCAAAAGAACACAUUGAAUUCCAUCAAGGAACUUCUGGAUAGUACGCUCAAAGAAAAAUGGCUUCAGUUGGGCAAUGCUUGGAAUACUCCACCGUAA